AUGGGCAGCGUUCGCCAAGGGUUGCUAGCCGUGGAGCCUUCUUCCCAGCGCCGGCGCCUCCUGCUUGGCGCUGCCGCGGUGGCCGCGGUAGCGGCAGUCGGUCCGCUGCUGAUCGCCAACCCGUACGCCUCCCGACUCGCUCAGCUUCUGUUUCUCAACAUCCUGCUGGCGAGCGCCUGGAACAUGGUGGGGGGGUUCGCGGGACAGAUUUCGUUCGGCAAUUCCUCGCUCUUCGGUGUCGGCGCCUACGCCACCUCCAUGCUGUGGCUUGCCGGUGUUCAUCCCUUCCUGACCCUGCCCGCCGCCGCCCUGCUCGCAGCCCUGUUCGGAGUGGCCUGGGGAUGGCCCUGCCUUCGACUCCGCGGGCCCUACUUCGCGAUCGCCACGAUCGGCGUAGCGGAGGCGACACGGAUCGUCGUGAAUCAGGUCGAAGUCGCUGGCGGUGCCUCGGGCUUGACGCUUCCACUCGAGGAGGACCUGGGACCGGUAUUGCUUUACGGUCUGGGCGCUGUCCUCGCGGUGGCCGCGGUGCUCCUGAGCUCCGCGGUGCGGCGUUCGCGCCUCGGCCUCGGAUUGAUCGCACUCCGGGAGGACGCGCGGGCGGCCGCUGCCUCCGGCGUGGACAUUGCCCGGCAACAGGUCACCGUCUUCGCCAUCGCCGCCGCGCUAACCGGGCUCGGGGGCGGCUACUACGCCCUGUUCACCCUCUACGUGGUUCCCGAGAAGGUGUUCGGCUUCGAUCUCUCCAUCAGCCUCGUGCUCAUGGUGCUGGUGGGGGGCAUCGGCACGGUGAUGGGACCGGUCCUGGGGGCGGCGAUCUUCCUCUUCCUCGAGCAGUUCGUGCUGGUGAGCCUCCCGGACGUACACCUCGCGGCGUUCGGAGCGCUGCUGAUUUUCAUCGUCCUGAUGGAGCCUCGCGGGGUCGCGCCGCGCCUCGCCCAACUCGGGGCGCUGAUACGCAAGAGAAUGGGAUGA